AUGUUCCCGGCCGUCUCCUCUCCGCGGACCCCGGGGCCGGGUGCCCGGAGGGGCCCGCUGGGCGGAGUCGGGCCGGGCUCCACGCCGCGGGCGGCCGGCAGGAAGGGUCUGUCGCUGGGGUCGGCGGGCGGCUCCCCCGCGCUCUUCUCUCCGGUCGGCCGGCACAGCUCGCUGGGCUCGCGAGGAACACCCACACGAAUGUUCCCACAUCACUCCAUAACCGAGACCAUGAACUACGACGUGAAGACGUUUGGAUCGUCUCUCCCCGUCAAGGUCAUGGAAGUCCUGACAUUGGCUGAAGAUGAUGACCUGCUGACCGUUCGCAUAGAUGAAGGUGGAUGGGCUUGUCUGGUCUGCAAAGACAAGCUCAUUGUCUGGAAGAUUGCUCUGUCGCCCAUUUCUAAGCUGUCUGUUUGCAAAGAGCUCCAGCUGCCACCCAGUGAUUGCCAGCAGAGCGCUGACCUGGUGGCUCUCUCUUACUCGGCUCCCUCGGGUGAAGUGCAUUCUACUCAGUCUGUCGCUGUCAUGGCGGCCACCAGAGAGGGCUCCGUUCGCUAUUGGCCAAGCCUUGCUCAUGAAGAUGCCUACACGGAGACUUACGUAGACUCGGGAGGUGAUAAGACUUACAAUUUCCUAACAGCGGUGCAGGGAGGAAGCUUUGUUUUGGCCUCCUCGGGAAGCCAGCUGGUUCGCCUGACGCCGGAGAACCUGGGAAAGGUUCAUCAGCGGGCCCUGCCCCAAGGCCAAGGCGUGCUCUCAGGCAUCGGGCGGAAGGUCUCUUCUCUUCUGGGGAUUUUAUCCCCGAGCAGCGAUCUCGUGCUCUCCAGCGUGCUGUGGGACAGCGAGAGGUCAAGCUUGUACAGUCUGACCAGUGCAAGCAUCAGUAAGUGGGAGCUGGAUGACUCGUCAGAGAAGCAGGUGCACAGCUGGGACGUGAACAGGACCCUGAAGGAGAACAUCACCGAUGCCAUUUGGGGAUCGGAAAGCAACUACGAAGCUAUUAAAGAGGGGGUCAGCGUUCGGUAUUUGGAUUUGAAGCAAAAUUGUGACGGGCUGGUGGUGCUGGCAGCCGCCUGGCACCCCUCAGACAGCCCAUGCCUCGUCUAUUACUCGCUGGUGACGGUGGAAGAUAACGGCUACCAGAUGUCAGAUGCGGUCACAGUAGAAGUCACUCAGUACAAUCCACCCUUUCAGUCUGAAGCGUCGGCUAUGUGUCGGCUGAUGGUCCCGGACUUCUCCAGCCAGACUGCCUACCUGUACAGCGACAGCGCCGUCUUCGUGUGCUCCACCGGCACCGGCAAGUUCUCUCCUCCGAAGGAGAAGAUUGUCUUCAACACACAAGGGGACAGUAUUUUGGGAGCCGGUUCCUGUGGUGGUGUCCCGAUCCUGUUUUCUAGAAACAGUGGGCUGGUGGCUGUUACUCCCAGGGAAAACGUGUCCAUGUUAGCGGAAGACCUGGAAGAAUCUCUAGCUUCUUCCGUCGCUGGGCCGAGCAAUGAGAGUAUGGUUUUAGAGAUCUCUACAAAGAACGAAACCAUAGCCCAGGAGGAUAAAACCAGAUUGCUGAAAGCCGCUUUUCUGCAGUACUGCAGAAAAGACCUGGGUCACGCUCAGAUGAUGGUCGACGAGCUGUUUUCCUCCGAUCUGGACUCGGACAGCGAGCUGGACAAGGCGGUGGCCCAGAUCAGCGUGGACCUGGUGGACGACUAUCCCGCCUCGGACCCGCGCUGGGCAGAGUCUGUCCCCGAAGAAGCUCCCGGGUUCAGCAACAGCUCGCUGAUCAUCCUUCACCAGCUGGAGGACAAGAUGAAGGCACACUCUUUCCUCGUGGACUUCAUUCACCAGGUCGGCCUGUUCGGGCGCCUGCGCACGUCCCCGGUGAGGGGGGCACCCAUGGCAACGUGGCGGCUGCUCUGUGAGCACGCGGAGAAGCUGUCGGCCGCCAUCGUCCUCAAGAACCACCACUCGCGGCUGCCGGAGCUGGUGAACACGGCCAUCCUGAUGGCUCUGCACAGGCGGGACUGCGCCGUCCCGGCCAGCCUGACCCCCGCGGACAUCUUCUUCAGGGAGGUGUCGCAGGUAGACACCAUCUGUGAGUGUCUGCUGGAACAUGAGGAGCAAGUCUUAAAGGAGACGUCUUUGGAAUCCGUCGAAUGGGCUGAGGUGGUGAUCAGCGUGAACAAUAUUCUCAAGGACAUGCUGCAAGCUGCUAGCCAUUAUCGGCAAAACAGAAACUCCUUGUACAGGAGGGAAGAGCCCCUGGAAAAAGAGCCGGAAUAUAUUCCGUGGACAGCAACAAGUGGCCCCGCUGGUGUGCGAACAGCAAUAAUGCGCCAGCACGGGAUCGUCCUGAAAAUGGUUUACCCGCAGGCGGACAGCAACCUCCGGAACAUUCUCACGGAGCAGCUGGUCGCACUGAUCGACUGCUUCCUGGAUGGCUAUACCUGUCAGCUGAAGUCUCUGGACAGAUCCAGGGAUCAGGAAAGAUAUAACAACCUGGAGACCGAAUACGUGCAGAAGAGGUCGGAGCUCUUGUCUCCGCUGCUCACUCUGGGCCAGUACUCCUGGGCUGCUUCGUUAGCAGAGAAAUACUGUGACUUUGAUAUCUUGGUGCAAAUGUGUGAGCAGACGGACAACCAGACCAGGCUCCAGCGCUACAUGACCCAGUUUGCCGACCAGAAUUUUUCAGAUUUCCUCUUCCGGUGGUAUCUGGAGAAAGGAAAAAGGGGCAAGUUACUGUCUCAGCCCAUUGCUCAGCACGGACAGUUGGCAGAUUUCUUGCAAGCUCAUGAGCAUCUCAGCUGGUUACACGAAAUUAAUAGCCAAGAAUUAGAAAAGGCUCAUGUAACACUUCUGGGUCUGGCAAACAUGGAAACGCGUUACUUUGCAAAGAAAAAAACCCUUCUCGGCUUGAGUAAAUUGGCUGCAUUAGCUUCAGAUUUUUCAGAAGAUUUACUGCAAGAAAAAAUUGAAGACAUGGCCGAGCAGGAGCGCUUCCUGCUGCACCAGGAGACGCUGCCCGAGCCGCUGCUGGCGGAGAAGGAGCUGAGCCUCAGCGCCAUGCCCGUGCUGACCGCGCCGCAGCUCAUCCGCCUCUACGUCUGUGAGGAGAACAGAAGAGCUAAUGAGUACGAUUUCAAGAAGGCUCUGGACCUGCUGGAGUAUAUCGAUGAGGAGGAAGAUAUAGAUAUAGACCAUCUGAAACUGGAAAUCCUUUGCAAAGCUCUUCAGAGAGAUAACUGGUCCAGCUCAGACGGUAAAGAUGAUCCAAUUGAAGUAUCGAAAGACAGCAUAUUUGUGAAAAUCUUACAGAAACUUCUAAAAGAUGGCAUUCAGCUCAGCCAGUACCUGCCAGACGUAAAUGACCUACUUCAAGCCGAGCAGCUCGGGGCCCUGAAGGCCAGUCCCUACUUCGCGUUCGUUUUGAAAGCAAAUUACGAAUACUACGUCCAUGGACAGGGCUGA